AUUGAAGACACAAUGAACCAAGAUGACUUCCGACAGAUGCUCGCAAGCGGCGACGCUAGCGAGACCAAACGCAGCUACGGAGGCAAACGCAACCUAUCCGAGGCGGAUCUCUUUGAAAUUAAGAAGCUGUCUACGAAGAAAGCGAAGAAGAAAAGCAAGAAACCAACGAAUGCAACGCCCGCAGACGCAGCCGGUCCUCGGCCGCCCAAAAGUCAGUACCGAGACCGAGCGGCCGAGCGACGUAGAGGUGAAACAGGAGACAUGAUCGAUACUGAAGAGUUCAAACAUUUAGACACGCAGCAGAGUAAGUUUCUCGGUGGAGAUACGGAACACACGCAUCUAGUCAAAGGACUGGACUUCGCGCUACUCUCUCAGUUGAAGCGUGAGAAGCAGAAGCUGCUGGCCGAGAAACAGAAACAAGUGAGGAAUGAAAGUACUGCUAGCAAUCUAGAGACAGUGAGACCGAGCGACGGCAAGAUGGCGUUCAAAACGCGAAUGGGAAGACUAGUGUACUUCCACGCGUGUCAGAGCACGCCGGAGAGCACGACGUCGGUCAAGUCGGAGCUGUUCUUGCCCAGUCGAAUGUACUAUACAUUCAAUCUAUCACCUACUGAGCUUGAGAGUGUCCCUGUGAGUGUACAACGCAGUAAAGAGGAUUGUCCUGAGCCUGAUGAAGUGGUGAGUGGGACAGUAAAUGAGUCGCUUAUUGACCGCGUGGCAGAGCUGAUGAGCAGCAAGAAAAACGGCAAGAAAAUGCGCAAAAAGAAGAAAACAGACCGUCCUAUUCAUCAUAGUGACAAACAAGAGAUAGAUGGUGUUGAAGAAGAGCAGAAUGAUGUAGAGAUGCCUGAGACAGAAGUUGAAGCUGCAGUUGAUGAGGACGAAGAUAUUUUCCCUGAUGUGGGUGACUACGUUCCGAUGGACCAACGUACGGACGAUGAAUCUGCUGAUGGGUCCACGAAGGAGGCUGUUAAGAAAGCUGGUUACUUCUCGAAUCUGAGUGCUGCUAUCACUGAAAAGGAAGAAGCAGCUCGGAAGAAAGAAGAAGACGCAGAGCGAGAGUGGAAGGAGACACUGCAGAAGGCGGUGGAGACCCAGAAGAAGAUGGAACGAGAGAAGGAACGGAGAGAGAAAGCGGCCAAGAUGACUGGGGGAGCGGACGACUAUGCAGAGUAUCAGGGUGUUGGCGCUCUCGGAGGAGACAGCGAUGACGAGGACGAUGAGGAGACUGCGAGACGUCGCAAGGCUGCUGGUCUAAGUGGCCGUAAAGAUAUUGUGGACUCGGAUGAAAAAACUCGUCGGAAAAAGCAGAAACAAAGCAACAAACUUGCGAACGACCUUGAGAAGAUCAACAAGAUCAUGGAGGACAAGUCGAGCAAAAGCGAGUCAUUCCUUCUUCUACGUGGCUCGAGAGCGACCUGUUGGAACACUGCCCACCUCGUCGAGCUAGUAUCACCUGUCUACGCUCACGCAGCUUGUGCCUCCUCCAACGCAGCAGAAAUGGCAGAUCUAGAGCGUAACGACCAGUUCGGCUUCCUGUAUGAGAACCGCGAUCCGUGCAACGCCAUUGCGCUCCUUCAACUCGGUGUGACGCUCGUGUCGUUCUUCUUCACGUAUACCGUGUGGUGGUCGGGCCUCUUCGGCGUCAUCGUGGCUGCCAUGGGCUACUAUGGCUCUGUCCAGCCUGUCAUCCAGAGCAAAGUGAGCUUCAUCCAGUUCUACUACUUCGGCAACUGCUUCAUGCUACUGCUGCAGGCCAUCUCGGCCGUUGUCCUGUUCAUCCUCGUGAGUGAGUGGAAGAACUUUGACUCUUGGGCCUGGGGCGUCAUCAUCUUCGGUACGCUCUCUUUCGGCGUGCAGCUCUUCGUCACGUACGUGGCCAUCCAGCGCUCACACGCGUACCGAGCGGAACUCAUGAGGAACCCUCCGCCGGCGGAGAACGUUUACGGAGGCAACUCGAGCGGAACUGUCUACACGGCAAUGGGAGCUGGAUACAAGGCGCCCACGGCUCAGAUCAAGACCAUUUAA